AUGUCUCUUAUGACUAUAUGUGAUCACAAAAUGAUGUUCACAAAGAUCAAGGUUGAACAUCCAGAUUCAGCAUAUCCAAUUCUUAAGCAUUGCAUGAUCUUAUAUAGCCAUUCAACAAAUGUUCAAUGUGAAAAGCACUUCAACAAGAUACAAUCAUCUAUCAGAUUUGCUAUUGAGAAUGCAUUCAGAUUGCUUACAGCCAAGAGUAUCUUAAUGAUAUGUUGUGACAAGACAUUGACGAUUCACAAUAUGAAGAACCCGCAAUAUAUGGAUUUGCUCGUACUAAUAAGAUGGAUGGUUUUAAAUUGGACCAAAAUGAUUUGA